AUGCUCCCAAUCAAAGAAGAUGAAAAAUUCUCAAAAUUAGUAACAAAGGAAAGUUCAAUUUCUAAUCCAUCAUUUAGAGUGUAUUACGGUGGUAAUUCAGUAGCUGUGCCGUUUGUUUGGGAGGCUAAACCAGGUACACCUAAACAUACUAAGCACGUUGAUUACUCAAAAGAAGAAGAAAACAAGCAAAAUAUUCCACCUCUUACUCCACCACCUUCUUAUUACCUUAAGCAACCUAAAAAGUUGCCUACUAACAAUGGUGUUAAAAGGUUUUCUAGUAAGAUUUUUCUAGGGUCAUUGUUUUCUAAGAGUUUGCAUAGGAGACAAGUCUCUUCGGCAUCAUCCUCAUCGUCAUCUACAUUGUCUUGCCCCUCAUCGUCGAUGUUAGUGUCAGACUCCUCGAUGAUGAGGAGCACUGAAGAGAGCCGGAGUCUGAGUCUGAGUCUGAGUCGAGGGAAGAGGAGAACGUUGUCUAGCCCCGGAUCAUUGUUUGAUUUCCUUGUGAAUGGUCAAGAAGAGGAUGAACAUGAAGAUAUGAGGAGUCCUAGAUCAAUUUUGUGUUUUGGGCUUGUUGGUAGUAGAAGGAUCCGUUGUUGUUAG